AGAAGAAGAGGCCGACGGAGAGACAAGAGGAAUAAAAUGACAGGGCGCGCAAAAAGAAAACCCAAAUCCAUUCAGGAGUCGGGCACAGGCAAUGGAGAGUUGAAGAAAGCCCGAAUUGAUGAAUCCAAAGCUGUGCCAUUGUCAGGAGUGGAUUCAGAGCAACGUGAUGAGAUGGUGCAACUAUACAAUUUUCAAAUGCCAGAAGAUCUGUACCACUUCUGGGACAUCUGCAAGGAGCUUUGUCCUGACAACCCCCGUGGUGCCCUGAAAGACAUACUGGGUUUGCAGCUGGUUGGUCCUUUUGACAUUCUGGCAGGAGCUCACAGAAGCUCUAAGAAUCCUCAGCCUAACUUCCACCUUCACUGGAGAUAUUUUUAUGACCCACCAGAGUUUCAGACCAUACUUCAAGGGAGUGAGGACAGCCAGCAUCACAUGGGCUACUACAGAGAUACUCCAGAUUCCCUGCCUUCAUUUGUUGGAGAAAGUGAAGCCAAGAAGGGCUACACUAUUACACAGAUGGGGGACAACGUGUUCGCUGCCGUCCACCUGUUUCUGCUGAGGAAGAGGAAAGAAAGAGGCAGUAAGCAAGUGGGAGGAGAGGCUUUGGAAAGCUUGGAGGCAAAGUUGAGGGAGAAGGCAGAGACUCUGGGAUUGUCUCUAGAGCAGAAGACCAAAGGCAUGAAGCAGAGGGACAAGAAGGUGGUCACCAAGACGUUCCACACUGCUGGCAUUGUUGUGCCAGUAGACAAGAAUGAUGUAGGAUACAGAGAACUACCAGAAACAGAUGCUGGUCUCAAGAAGAUCUGUAAAGCCAUUGCUGAAGCACGGAAUGAUGAAGAGCGUGUCAAAGCCUUUGGUCCAAUCCAGGAGAUGAUCACAUUUGUUCAGUUUGCCAAUGAUGAGUGCGACUAUGGCAUGGGCUACGAACUAGGAAUGGACCUCUUCUGUUACGGAUCCCAUUACUUCCACAAGAUUAUCAAACAACUUCUGCCCAUGGCCUACAGCUUGCUGAAGAGGAAUUUGUUUGGAGAAAUUGUGGAGGCCCACCUCUCCAGUCGCAGCCAUGACAACCUCGACCAGCUCUCUGCACAGUAAAAAAAAAAGAAAAAAGACUCAGAAGUACAUUUCCGUUAUAAUUCUUAUAAGCUUUCCCACCAUGUGUCCUUGUCUUCUGUUGUUUGUUAUUGUUCAUGUUUUUUGGUGGUUUUGGUGCUGCUGUCACUGAUUGGUACCAGUCCAGUGAUGUCUUGUUUGUAAAAGGUAGAUGUCUAAUAAAGCAUUUUUAUAUUUUUA